AUGGCACAAAAACCGUCCGAAAGCAUCCAGUGCACGGACAGGCUGAGCUCCUCGACUGUUAACCACGUAAUAAUAGAGUUCGUGAUGUACUGCGGGAGAGCGGUGUUCAUCUGCUACCCUGUGUAUCUGCUAGGCUAUCUGGGCAUCAACAUCAGCUGGGUGUUGCUGUGCGUGUUUAUGCUCACCUACUGGAAGAAAAAUCGCCAAUGGAAAGUCGCGCGGAUCACAUCAGCCAUCGACUUAGUGGACAAUGAAAAACGCGCGAUCAAAACCGAGCUGAGAAGUGCCUUACCGAUGGCAUCCUGGGUGCAAUUCUCUGAUGUAGAGAAGGUUCACUGGCUUAACAAGGUGUUGAAGCAGGCGUGGCCUUUUUUUGGGACGUACAUGGAGAAGCUACUUAGAGAAAACAUCCAGCAGUCCAUCAGGCUCUCCAGUCCUUCACUGAAAACUUUUACUUUUACCAAAAUCCACUUUGGGCGCAUUGUGAGUGUCUUUGAUUUGUGCAGUUCUGAAAAAGAACUGGGUCUGUCACGGUCCUGUGGCUGCUACCCAGCAUUUUGCACUUUGAAGUUUUGUUUACUCCAGGGGAUGAUGAGAGUUAUUUUAGAGCCUCUCAUUGGUCAAACACCGCUGGUGGGAGGUGUAAAUUUUUUCUUCAUUCGCCGCCCUACAUUAAAAAUAAACUGGACUGGCAUGACAAACCUUUUGAGCAGCCCUGCCUUUAGUUCACUGUCAGAGGAGACCAUCAUGAACAUCAUUGCUUCUUUUAUAGUGUUGCCCAACCGCAUGUGUAUUCCCCUCAUAGACCAGGUCAAAAUGGACCAAAUGAGGUUUCCACUUCCUCGUGGGGUGGUGAGAGUCCACUUGCUGGAAGCCAGGGACCUGCUGGCUAUGGACACAUACGUGAUGGGUUUAGUGAAAGGCAAAUCAGACCCCUAUGCCACACUCAGAGUGGGCAACAUACACUUCAAAAGCAAGACUGUGAAAAAGAAUCUACAUCCAAGAUGGAAUGAAGUGUAUGAGUGGUUUCCUUUGGAGGAUGUGCCACACGGUGAAGUUCAUCUUAAGCUCCAGUGGUUUUCCCUUCAGACUGACACCAGCCUACUGCAGGAGUCCAAUGACAACUUUGCCUGUGCCAUACUUGCGGUGUAUCUGGACAAUGCCACAGAUCUACCUAACUCAGACCAACAGAGGCUCAGGAAAAACUCAAAAGAAGCGCGGAUCACAAAGAGAACAACCUUUCCCAACAGCUUUGUUGAAUUUUCCAUUGACAGAAAUGUUCAGAAAAGCAAGGUUGUGUAUGCUUCCAAAGACCCGGUGUGGGAGGAGGGCUUCACCUUCUUUGUGCAUGACGUCAACACGCAGCAGCUCUUUGUUCAGGUCAAAGAGCCUGAGAAGAAGAAUCACCUCGGUGUUCUCAACUUGCCCCUUAGUCGCCUCCUCAACAUCUCGGACCUGACUCUAGACCAGUACUUCCUGCUAGAGCACUCUGGAGCAAACAGCCAGAUCAAACUCAAGGCCACGCUCAGGAUUCUUAAUUUGGAAGAGCCUCCACCUAAGACUUUCAUCAAUCCUUCUUCAGAAGUCAAACAGCAACAGGCCAGAAAAACAGGGAAUACCUCAGUCUCCAGUCCCUCCGAUGCUCCAUCUUCCUCUCACACAGUUUCCUCCAACAAUACCCCUGGUCCCUCAACUCCGAACCAAGAGACAGCUUCACCAAAUCAAGGUUAUUUAGCUCAAGGCCGUGGCUCCUUCCGGGCAUCUAAGAAAAGGAAAUCAUCUGCGAAUGUGCGCCGGUUGACCUCUCACAGCCUGCUGUUACAGAACUCCAUCACUACAUCCAGAGCCAUUAGGAAUCAUCAGGGUUCAUUUGGAGAGAUUGAGCUAAAUGUACGCUAUGCAACCCUGAAACAUAAGCUUAUAGUCUUUAUAAUCAGAUGCAGGAACUUAUUGCCCUGCAGUGAGCACAGCACAGACUCUUACGUCCGCCUGUAUCUCCUCCCCCACCAAACCUGGAAGCAUCGUAAGAUGACGCAUGUCAAGAAGAGGAUGAUCAAUCCCGUCUUCAAUGAAAAGUUUGAGUUUGAUGUGUUACUUCAAGAAGCACAAGCCAAGAAGUUGGAUGUGUCUGUGAAAAACAACAGCAUUUUGGUCUCUCGAGAGAGAAAGGACAUAGGUUCGGUAAUAAUAGAUUUAUCAGAAAUGGAUCUAGUCAAAGGCGUCACAGCGUGGUAUGAUCUCACUCUGCCUGAGCUGAGGAACUCCAUGUAGGAAGUGGAACAGAGAAAUACUUCUGUGUGCUGCGAUCUCUGAUAUAAGAAGUCAGUCUGGUUUCCAGACAGUCCUACUGAAGAUCUCGGAAUAGAAUAAACCUGAGAGCAUUCUGGUUCUCUUGUUUCCACAUGUUUUCUGGAUAAUAAAACAAAAACCAGUGGUUGUUAAUAAUAUAAUUUCUAGGCAUUAGAAAAUAUUCGUUUCUCUACAGAAACAAGGCAGUGUCUGUAUUUUUAAUGUUUUAUCCGAGCCAAAGCUAUCUUUGUAAUUUUGUGUAAAUAGUUUUUACAGUUUUUAUGCAAUAUACUGAGGGGAAUAAAAGAAAUAAAAGAAAUGUGUAGAUGAGUCAAUACAGGGCAAAGAAUGUUUACACACUUUGAUAAACACUGAAAUGCACAAACUCAUACUUAAAAUAUUUUACAUGUCAGUUACCGAUAUAGGGAGAAGUACAGUAUGCAUUUUAAACCUAAAGACCUCAGACCAGCUACAUUAAUCUAUUUUAAAAACUCACUCAUAGCCUUUAUGAAUAGCUUCAGUUGUCAGUUGAAUAGUUCAUAGCUCAGUUGGUAUUUGGUAAAUUGGUUUCAACAGGCAUCAGAAUAUCAGAGUGACUCUAUUAUUAGACUGUCAAACAUUGAUGGUGGGAUGGUAAAGACUUUGUCUUGACUAAAAGUUUAAUGUUUUGUAUUAAUUAUUGAGCACAGAACCAGUUUCAGGUUGUUGUAUUUGAGUUGAUGUUUAAAGUGACUUUUAUUUUUACUAAUAUUUAUGGCAAAUAAACAUCAUCCAAUAAACA